AUUCUGAUGUGGAGAGACAGCACUGGCAGAUGGAUCCAUGCUGUAAUUAUUCUCUCCAUGAGCAGAAGGCCUUUGGACACAGGCCUGGAGGACCUAACAAUUGUGAACUAGCCUGAAAUAAACUGAAAUGUGCUGUAAUUGGAGGGGAGGAGAAAGGAGAUGGAAAACAUCAUCCAAUAGGAGUAACUGAGAGAAGGCAGGCAACAGGACCCAGAUGAAGCCUCUCGCUCUGGAUCCAUAACUCAUCACAUGCUGCUGGAAACCACCAGAGGUAUCCAGGGGAAAGAGGAUGAAGUCAUUGCCCUGCACACAUUCAGCUGAUUGCAGAAGCGCUCAGUCAAAAUCAGGGCUUUGUUUCCUGAAAAUCACAAACUCUUACUGUAUAUGAACUUUGUUCCCUCCAGUCUGAAGUAAGAUGAGUUAAAGAGUUUAUUUCAUUGAUAGAGCUACAAGUAGCAUUUCUGAAGAAUGGCGCUGAGUGACCUCCUUUACCCAGAUAACCCCAAGAGACGUCAAGAAUUGAUCCAUCUGCAUCAGGAAUUGCUUGACUGCAUGUCCACAAACUUCCAUGCAACAAAUGAGCUGGCUGGCGUACUGAAUGAAUACCUUGGGUGUAUGAUUCCUCAUAUUAAGAUGAGAGAGAAUGGUACUGUCAAGGAAAACUGUGACAUUAUCAUCCAAGCAAUGACCGAGAUUCAAUGUCAAGUACAGAAGAUUGAUAGUGACAUGAAGGAAAAGCUAGAGCCUGUACUGUACCAGAAGUUAUAUGAUAUUAAAGAGCCUGAGCUGGAGAAAAUUGCAAUAGCCCAUAAGGUCUUUUCUGUUGUUCUUGGAGAAGCGACUUCGACAGCCGGGAUGGUAGCUAUCAAACUAAUUGGCUCCAAUCUUAUAACUCUCACUGUUGGCAAACUUGUGAGUCUCCUUGCACAGAUUGGGGCAUCUGUUCUUGGGGGAAUCAGCAUUGCCAUUCUUGGGCUUGGCAUUGAAAUGAUCCUCCAUGCCAUUCUGGGAGCCGUGGAGAGGAAUCAGCUUCUGGCUGCUGUGAGAAGCUAUGAGGAACAUCUGGCCCAGUUCAAAGCAGCCUCAGAAAAAUACCAGCAUGCCAUCCAUGAAGUGACUUCCUUGGUGAGACAUCAGGCACAAUAAAUGAAGUUGGGUGUUCUUGCUCCUGCCAUGAUAGCAACUGCAGUUAGCUGUGUCUGCUAGAUGUUUUUGAUUCACUAUGGUAAAAUGAUUUUUUUUUCCUGCUGUGCAUGCAUUUGUUUCUUUCUAGUGGUAACAAAACAAGAGAUGUGACAGAGGAGGGAACUGGAACAGAAAUAUACCAAUAAGGAAUUGGUUUAAGGGUGCUUCUGCAAGGCAACAGUUCAAAUACGUGGCACCUUUUGUUCAAUAGUUUUCCGGAAUGCAUUGUAAAUAACUACCCAGAAAGAUAACUAGUGCUAAUGACAAUAAUUUCAUUGGUGGAGCAGUAGUGGUUAGAAAGUAUGAUUUUUUUUCUUACUGUGUUUCUCUAACAAAGGUGAGAUCAUAAUGGAAGAAAACGAUUUCAAUAAAUGAACCCACAUCAUCCUCCAGAGGGUUCAUCGGGACAGCUGUACUGGCUAAAUUUGCUUAGUGUGGAUUAGCACUAAAUCUGAUAUGCUGAAUUCUCUUUUCAUAGAAGUGCUCAUAAGGACUUGCUGAAGCAUAAAUAUUUCCUGUCCUAUUCUUGUCCUAAGGAGCCUGCCAGAGAUCUUCUUUAAAUAAAUUCUAAUCCCAGUAGAUUAGCAGUUAAGAAAAUCAUGUGCCUGCAGACAAACACGACCCUGCCCCACAAUUGAGAGAAAUCAGCUGUAAUGUUCCAGGUGUCUGUGGAUAAUCUCUUAUGCUCAGUAAUGCCCUGCUGCUGCCACAUCACAGGUACUUAGUUCUGGGCACAUAUGCUGCGCUGUUGGUUGAAAUCGGAUUAUACACAUGUGCAAGUAUUACUAGGAUCAUAGCCCUAGACCACAGACAUGCUGUUGAAUUUAUUUUCUCUUCAAGUGUUUCACAAGUCACCAAUGUGGGACUGCCAAGAGCAUACUCACAUUCUGCAUUUGAUGACAUGCUACUGACGUUACACAUGUCCUUAUGUGGCAGAUUUUAAAAACAAAAAGCUAUAAGAAAGAACAUGAUCUGCAGUUUCUUUCUCUAAUUUACUGUGGUUUUCUUUCUUGCUUUGUUCUUUGAAGAAAAAUGCAUUUUAAUAAUUAUUAAAAAAUGCAUCUAAACAUUGUAA